AUGUCCAUCAAGUGGCAGCGAUUGCGCAUCACAAAUCGAGGGGAAAUACCUCCUCUUCUUUUCAAAUAUUCCUCAACAUCAAAAGGCUACGAGCUGUACAUAACUGAUCUUACCAACAUCUGGUCUGAGCAUCUGAACCACCAAGACAUCCUGAGAAGAGCUGAUAAAAAUGACACCACGAUCGAUCCGAGCGAGGACGCGGAACAAUUUGGAGUCCUCCUGCAAAAGAUAGAAGAUGCGCUGCGUAGCCAGCCCGGAACCACUGUGACCUUGAAUCAUAGCCCAGGAGAUUCGCUGGAGUUGGCUACAUCUACCCAACUGCCGGCUCCACUUCAGCCUCUGACGUGGGCUGCACAUCUCAUCAAGGAGCCACAGUCUGCUGCUACCGAUCAAUUACUUCUUCCCCUCAUAAAGGCGGAAGCUGACUGGGAGUCGCACCAGCGAUCCUUCAUAGACCAGCUGCAUAGGAAAGACUGGAUUCUCGCCAAGCUCUUCGAUAAGAUCGAAGCUGUGGGCAUUGACUUGAGUACUAUAUUUCCUGGUAUCUCUGGCUUACGGACGGGUCAGAAAGGCACAACACUGGCGCAGGCCGCCAAGCAUAUAAAAGGUGUUGCGCCUUUCGAUGAGAAAGUCUGGCUUGAGGAAGUCAGCGCGUCAGCCUCUGCAUCGGGGCUUGCCGCCAAUAUUCUGGCGGAGGCAUCCACUUCUAGCGGCCCAAAUCGAUCAAGAAAUCUUGAACCACCACCGGAUAUGUGGUGGGAGAAACUCACUGUAUCCAAGACUACCCCGACUCCUAUACGAGAAGAAAGCGAACUAAAAAAAGGACGCGAGCCUCCUGAAGAUGUGCUGGAGGCUGAUACUGACACGGCUACUGAAACAGAGGAUGAUGAGUUUGAACCUUCACUUCUAGCAGCUCCGUCUACGCUCGCACCACAAAUAGCAGACGACCAGACAGAUUCAGAGUCUGACCUUGAAAGCGUGGCUUUAGCACCAACUUCACUACCGAAGCCUAAACCAGAGUUAUCAGCCAAAGCGCAAAGUAAGCCGCGGGGAUUAGGAGUCAUCGGUGGUAAAAAGAAACAAACGCAGGCCAUCCCUAGUGAGCCUCAAUCUCCAUCAUUGAUAAAAUCCCCAAGUACAACAGACCAGCCACCCCCCGCAACAUCUCCUUCGAUAGAGACUAGAACAAAGAGAGUCAGUAAACUCGGUGUUAUCGGAGGCAAACCCUCUAAAAACGAUGCGACCCCUACUUUGACGCCUCAAGCAGAGGAGGGCAACGAUAAUUCACCUAGGGAGAUAUCAAAACACAAUUCUGAACCACCAAGAUCUCCAUCGGCUGAACGUCGACAGCCAAAGACAACUGAGAACUCAGAGAGAGAGGAAGGCCAAGAAAAAGCGGAUAGGAAGCGCGAAGAGUUGAAGAGACAACUGGAGGCGAAGAGCAAAGCCCCAGCUAAGAAGAAGCGGAAAUUCUAA